AUGUCCAAGAAAGAUAAGGUCGAAGACGUCGCCGAAGACAACUACGACACGCGCAUGGCCGCCGUGUUGCCCUUUGCCCGCCCCCUUGCGCCCAAGAAGUUGAACAAGAAAAUGCUCAAAACCGUCAAGAAGGCCUCCAAGGCCAAGCACGUCAAGCGCGGUGUCAAGGAGGUCGUCAAGGCGUUGAGAAAGGGCGAGAAGGGUCUUGUGAUCAUUGCCGGCGACAUUUCCCCCGCCGACGUCAUCUCGCACAUCCCUGUUCUCUGUGAGGACAGCGCCGUUCCAUAUGUGUUCAUUCCAUCCAAGGAGGACUUGGGUUCUGCCGGCGCCACCAAGAGACCCACCUCAUGUGUGUUUAUUGUUCCUGGCGGCGGCAAGGCCAAGAAGAAUGCCGACAAGGCUGGGGAGUACAAGGAUGCAUACGAUGAGAUUGUGAAGGAGGUGAGUGCUUUGGCCUAG